AUGCCUUCUUACAAGUUGACUUAUUUCCAUCUCGCAGCAUUGGCCGAGCCAAUUGGCUUCAUGUUGAAUUAUGCUGGGAUUGAGUAGUUUGUGGAUGAACGUAUCGAUAAAAUUGAUUGGCCAAAACUUAAACCGACUAUGCCAUUUGGUAAAGUACCCGUGCUCGAAGUAGACGGAAAGAAGAUUGAUCAGUACGUAGCUAUCUGCCGUUACUUGGCGAAACAAUGUGGUCUUGCUGGCAAAGAUGAUUGGGAGGCUUUGCUAAUUGACGUGGCUGUUGAUACGAUACAUGAUUUACGCACCAAUAUCGCUGCUCUCUCCUAUGAAAAAAAUGAUGAGGCUAAAGCAGAGAAACCUAAAGCUGCCAAAGAGCUGAGGACAGUACCGUUUUAUUUGGAGCGUUUGGACGCUCGGGUGCAGAAGAAGGGUGGUUAUUUUGUCGGCGGUGCGUCGUGGACCGAUUUCACCUUCGUUGGUCUUUUGGACUACACGAACCAAAUGAUGGAAGAGAAUAUCAUUGAAAAGUAUGAAAAUCUGAAACAACUGCAACAGACAGUCGAAGAAGUAUCGGCAUGGCUUGAAAAGCGUCCGCCGGGUAAUUUUUGACAGAGUUGAUGAUUGUUCAUUGAUGUUUCAUUCGAAUAGUAUAUACAUUUUUUAUUUGUACGUAAUGUAUAUCUAUGUAAAAGAAAGGCAUACAUGUAUAUAAUAUAUUUAUAAACUGUGCAUUGAAGAUUUGGCACUCUAAUUGUUACUCUUAUUGUUAUACGACAAAAAAAGGAUAUGUAAAAAAUAUUGUGAAAUUAUUUCUAAUUAAAUCUAAAAAACAUUUA